AUGGCGGGUGUUCAAAAAGUGUGCCUUAAUAAUUUAAAUAUCAAUAUAAAAAAUGCUUUGAUUGUUGGUAUUAUUAUUGCAAAAAAUAGUCCACGUGCGGUUGGUUCGAAAAAGAAAAAUGGUGAAUCACGAGGAGUUAUGUCUUUCACUUUGCGAGAUUCGUAUAUUGAUACUAUUAAUGCAGAUGUAUGGGGUUCAGAAUACUUUGUGAUUACUUUUUACGAAAGAUUUCUAGUUGGAGAUGUUGUCGAAAUAUCAUCUCCAAAAAUUUGCGUGAAGAGUGGAGAUAGCGAAAUCUAUAGACCGCACGUCAGUUCGCCUUUCUAUCUCUCACUUAAUGAAGGUUCAUCUGAAGUCGGCAUAUUUAGUGGAGACACUAUUGGGAUGUAUUUUCCGCUGUUACAUAUACCUUCGAAGCCUAUUGCUGGCUAUUGUGGACUCUCGGAAGUGCUUAAAUUUAAAGAACAAAACGACAGCAUCUAUGUAGAUUUACUGGUCGUGGUGAAGUCGGUGAAGCCAGUCAGAGCUAUUAAAACUAAAACAGGUGCGGAAAUGUCAGUGCGAGCAGUUGAAAUUAUCGACAAUACUACUCCAGCUUCACUCGUCCUAGAUAUUUUUGAUAUUGACACAAUACAGAGAGCGGAGGAGUGGCGGCCGUCCGAGAGCGUGCUGUUCGUGGCGGACGCGCGCGUGGCGUGGCGCGCGCGCGCGGCUCGGCUGCAGGCGUGCGCGCGCUCCGUCAUCACGCACGCGCCGCACGCGCCCGAGGCGGAGGCGCUGCGGCUGCAGCUGCAGGCCCGCGCCGCCGCGCGUGGCGGAGAGGCAGCUGCCUGGGCAGAUUGGAGUGGCGAACGUGCAUGCAGCGCGUCAGUAUCGCAAAUACAAGACCGUCUCAAGAACGGAAUCCCGUUUUGCGCUUCCUUGCAUGCCAUACUCACACACAUAGAUUUGGAGGAGUUCGUGACUUCUACAGAUGAAAAUAUAGAAGAAAUAAGAGUACGUUUCGCAGACCAUACAGGCGAGCUUAACGCACUUUUGCCUGUUAACGUCGUAGAAGACACUUUUGGGUAUUCGGUGCAGCAGUUAAGAACAAUGACAACAGAAGAGAGAGGAUCUAUUCGUUGGAGGUUCCUUCUUGAGCAAUGCAGUGUUAAAGUCGCGGUGACUCCUCCGCGUCUCAUGAUUUUAACUUUUCUGAGAGCGUCGCCAGCUGAUCCAAUACCUUUAUAUUAAACGGUUUUCUUAAAUAUA